AUGGGUGACGACGAUGAUCCCCGAGGCUUUUUCCAAUCCGUGCUUGGAAUAUUUACUCGGAUCCGGCCACAGAAGUCAGCAAAGCCUCAGUCACUGAAAACACGGCGACAAGAGGCUUGGUUACGUGCAGAUGCAUUUUCGCAACAGGAUGAUCUUGACGGAGCGGACCCAGAAAGCGUCGAAAGGACUUUGCGUGCAUGCGAACGCUAUGUCCAAGACGACUAUGACCAGGAGAUAGACUCUCAAGAAAGCAAGAGGCGUCAAGUUCCAUAUCGUCAAGAGUCAAGCCAUGAGCCCAGCUCCCAAGACCCCGAUGCCGACUUUGCAAUGCUGAUGAGGCGGCAUUUGAUGACCUUGGACGACGCAUUGCGAAUGCAUUGGGUUUGUGUUUGCCAAAAGUGCUCGGGCCUGACUGUGGGACUAUCACUGCCGCGACACACAAGGGGUCUCGAGGCUGAGGCCAGCUUCGAAGUCUUCUUUGGCGUGCGGUCCGUACCAGCUACUACAUUACAAGAAGGCAAAAUCACCGUCAAAGACUUACGCAAUAGCACAUCCAGGUGUGCAUCUGAGCCCAUACUUAGCCAUCCACCUGAAUUUGCUCAUAUAUGCCGGAGCAUCACAGAGUCCCUCGGUCAGCGAAACUGCCUACACUUGGCUCUGGAGAAUGGAAUAUUCCAGCGCCUUCGACCGCAACUGAAAAGCUUUGGCAGUGACCGAGUAUCUCGAACGAUACCCUUGUUAGCAUUGUUCAAUCGCCAAAAAGAAUUACUUCGUGGUGAAUCGGUACUGCCACUGAAGGGGAAGCGGAUUUUGGCUCUUACUCUGGCCUCGGCACUCCUCCAAUUCUUGGAGACACCCUGGUUACAGUUCUCCUUCGAUCAUUCGAAAAUCCAGUUCUUCGAGCCAAUGAAGGAUGGAGAGCUCCCUGAUAUCACAAAACCUUUCCUGUCUCUGGAGCAUGUUCCGACUGUCUCAGCUCGCACUACACAUACUUCAGAAGGCUCUGAUUCUCUGAAACAUAUCGUUCAUCCAAAUGCCAGUGUGCUAGCCCUGGGUAUACUCCUAUGCGAACUUCACUACUGCAUACCCGUGGAGCUAAUGUCGAAGCGUUCAAAUGCUGAAAAAGGCGUCAAUGACGAUAUGUAUACCUGUCUCGAUAAACUUGAAGAUUUGGAAGAUGACGCUGGCGUUGACUACUACCUCGCUACAAAAGCAUGCCUUACUGGUGAUUACUAUCCUACUGGAGAAUGCGCAGGUUUUGAGGAUGUUAGUGUUCAACGACUCUUCUAUCAAAAUGUUGUCAAACGACUAGAGGCCGUCGUAUCCAAGUCAUGGGGCAUUCGAUUGGACAACCUGGGCUCGUUUGACUCCCGGCAAAAUACCUCUUGCUGGGGCUCCAUCGGCCGGGAGGUUGUCCGACUACAUACGAGCGAAGUUUCAAGGGCCAGUCCAAGCCCACUUUCAGAACGAUCGAUGGAAAAUCUACUUUCCUCUAUCUAUCAAUUUGUAGAUCUUGAUGUCGACCACGUCGAGCCAGUACGAAUAGCAAUUUUGGAUUCGGGACUGGAUAACGAAAACCCAUUCCUUUUCGAAGACCAGCAAUUGCCGAAGCCGAGAGUCAAGGAAGUGAGGAGUUUCAUUAACGGAACAGAGCCACACGAAGUGCGAGACGAAAUCGGACACGGCACUCAUGCUUUGGGACUUCUGCUCAAAGUGGCACCAUGCGCAGAGAUAUAUGUCGCUAGAAUUGCGCGAGGGGAAACUCUGGAUUCGAAUACUUACGAUGAUAUUGCAAACGCAAUCAAUUACUCUGUCGAACAAUGGGAUGCAGACAUUAUAUCGAUGUCAUUCGGGAUUCGAGAACAGCACGAGGGAAUGAGCCGAGCUAUAUCAAAUGCCUUGAGCAAGCGGACGCUUUUGUUCGCGGCUGCGUCGAACGAUGGAGCAAAUCUUUCCAGAGCCUUCCCAGCAAAAUGUCGCGGCGUUUUCUGUAUUCACUCGACCGAUGGAAAUGGUAACCCUUCGUCUUUCAACCCAACGGCUAGUGAAACAGACGUCAACUUUAGUCUUCUUGGAGAGAGAGUCUCCUCUCGCUGGCCGGCUGGUAUGAAUGGACACGAUCAGAGCGUCAACGUUAUGUCAGGGACCUCGGUUGCAACACCCAUCGAGGCAGCAUUGGCCGCAUCGGUCCUAUCAUUUGUUCGGCAGCAGGAUCAAAACGUUGCUGUGGAAAGUGAUCGCCUGGGGCCGUGGUUAAAGAUUGACAGCUCUAUGGAUGCAGUCUUCAAGGAGAUGGCCGCAAAGCGAGGGGCGGGUUACGACUGUAUCACGCCUGACAUACUCUUUACUAAGGGCUCAACGAGGGAAUUUGUUUAUGCAAGAAUUGAACAUAUCAAAAAGAACAUUUAUAGACAUUGA